CAGCAUCGUCUUCCUGACUGAACAUUUCUCGUAAAUUGCGGACGUCAUCGUAACCAACCAUGAAGCUGCUCUUGUUGUGUCUGUGUGUGGCCGCUGCCAAUGCCGCCCUUGCUCCAAUUUACAUGGCCCAGCGACGUGGCAUUCCAAACAGCUUCAUCAUCAAGGCUAAGGAUGCAUCCGUGUUGGACCAGGUGGAGAAAGACGUCUUGGCCGAGUUUCAGAGCAUGCGAAUACCGGCCCCGAAGGUGUCCAAGAUUAGUGAUCUGAUUCCCGUUCUGAAUCUACCAAUCCCACCCCAUCUCAUCAAUACCAUCCGCUCCAUCGAUGGCAUCGAGUACAUCGAGCAAGAUUCCAUGGGCGAGCUGUUCGGGCAACAAUCCAACCCAACUUGGGGAAUUGACAGAAUCGACUCCAGAGACGGCAUCGACUACAUGUACAGCUACAAUGACAACGUCAUGGGAAAUGGAGCCAAAAUCUACAUCGUUGACACUGGUACCAAGGUAUCCCACAGCGAAUUCGGUGGUCGCGUCCAGCGCAUUUUCGGUGGAGAUGACGACCACAGCCAUGGAACCCACUGUGCUGGUACUGCAGCAGGAGCCACCUACGGAAUUGCACGUCAGUCGACGAUUUACAGCGUUAAAGUGUGUAACCAGUACGGCCAGUGUCCCGUGAGCACACUUCUUAACGGUUUGAACACAGUGGCUACGUAUGGACGCGGUGUUGUGUCAAUGUCUCUCGGGUUCCCCGUUACCUAUUCCAUCGAUGACGCAGUCCAAAAGUUGCUGGAUGCAAAUUACGUGGUUUCCGUAGCAGCAGGGAACUCCAACGCGAAUGCUUGCAACGUUUCACCGGCUCAUGUCACAGGGGUUCUCACCGUUGGAGCCUCAGACAGAUAUGACCGCAGAUCCUAUUUCUCGAACUGGGGUAGCUGUUUAGAUCUCUUUGCACCCGGUUCAGACAUUGAGAGUGCAGGUAUCAGCGACGAUUAUUCGAUCAUCACGAAGUCAGGCACAUCAAUGGCUUGCCCUCACGUUACUGGUGCUGCUGCAUUGUAUCUGGGCAUGAACCCAAACUCUAAUAGUGUAGCGAGUGAUUUGCUUGCAAGUGCUACUACAGGUAGAAUAAGCGACGUCUCAGGAUCUCCCAACAAAUUUCUGUACAUUGGAAACUUGUAAAUCACCAGAAAGACAUUAAAGACGUACAAGAUGUUUCAGGCAAAAUCACGGAGGAGCUACUUCUAUUGGAAAUGGCGAGGCAAGACGCGCUACUGAAGAACUCCAAACAGACGUUGUCUUUAGAAUUCGAUUUCUUUCAAUGUAUCCUCGCCUCUUCUCCUCCUGCAAAUCGAACCCAUCGACACAAAUGAUUCAUGUUUUAGAAAAUUUCUCAAAACUCUUCGUUUUGUCGCAUUUGCCUUAGUAGAAUUAUGAUUUGUAUUGAUUUAUGUCAUCGGUCUGAAAAUGAAUAAAGAGGAACCACAA